AUGACGUGGAUUCCUGCGGUCGCAGAAUGCCGUUGGCGAGAAAUCGAGGCACUACACAAAGUUCUGUGGUGGCUUGGAGCGUUCGGAGAAAGUCGAAUGGAGGGCCUUCAGGCGCGGGAGAUACUCCCGUUGCUCCAGGAACGUUUCGCCAUCCUCUCAGGAGGUCGCGAUCGCCAUGGAGGCCCCAUCGUCACCUUCCAGUCGGGGAGCAAACUCGAACGAUUCAGUCCAGAAGACAUCACCAAAGUACUUGUGUACUUCUCUGGAAUUCCCAGCGAGGAGUCGCGAGUUUGCGGCUUCACUAUAAUCGUAGACAUGCGAGGCCAGCAGACGUGGGCAGGAGUGAAGCCUGUUCUCAAGGUGUUGCAAGAGUCUUUCCCAGCGAAGGUGCGCACGGUGUACAUCCUCAAACCAGACAAUUUCUGGCAAAAGCAAAAAGCAUCUCUCGGUAGCUCGAAAUACGCUUUUGAGACGAUGAUGAUCUCCGCCGAAUACUUGCCUCGUAUCAUAGACCAUUCGCAAUUGACGCCCGACCUAGGAGGAGUACUUUCCUACGACAAUAUCCAAUGGUGCGAACUCCGGAUGGCGCUCGAAGGCUUCCUAUGGAAAAUGCAAGACAUUCUGACACGACUCGAAAGCUGGAAGCAGGAACUCGUCAAGAAAAAUUUCGCCGACGAUGUCGAACGCGCCAAACAGUUGAUGGACGAACACAUGACGGCGAAAAAGAAAAUUCUUCAAGUUCCUGUCGAAGAGGUCAGACACGAAGGCAAACAGGUGAUAUGUUCGCUAGGCGAUACGAACCCAGAUCUCGCGCAAAUGGGUCCGCAGAUAACUCGAAUGCUCGAGACAGUCCGAGUUACACAACAGCAGAUACUUCAGUUGUGGCAUGUUAGAAAGGUGCAACUCGAACAGUGUUUACAACUCUUGGUGUACCAAGCCGACGCACAGAAAAUGCUUGAUUGGAUAGGUCAUAAUCGUGAUUUGUUCCUCGUGGGUUACAUGGACAUCGGACAUUCUAUACAAGAUGCCGAAGCCUUGCAGGAAGAACAUCAACAUUUCACCGUGUCCUCGAGGAACGUUUACGAAAACAUUCAUCGGGUUAUCGUCUCUGGUAACCGGCUUAUAGAGUCCGGACAUUACGCGACAGGACCAGUCCAGCAGGUCGCGUCAAUGCUGGACCGAGCUUGGAAAGAGUUCGCGUCCUGGCUUGAGCAGCGGACUGCUGUACUCGCAUUGAGCGUCGUGUUCCACCAAAAGGCCCAGGCAUAUUUGACAAAUGUUCCGAUAUGGAAAGCGGCCAACGGCGUUCAGCAGAUUCCACGGGAAGUGGCGGAGCUCGAACGACAAAUUCAUGAGCAUCAAGAUGUCUUUGAUUCCAUGUGCCAAAGCUAUACCGAAGUUCACUCGGCUUCGAAAAGACUGCUUUAUCAGCUAAACCAUUUAGUGCAAGUCUGCCACCCGCCAGACAGCUCCGAGAACUCGAAGGAGGGCGGCAAAGGUAAAGCCGAUUACACAGAGGGCGCCAAACACGUUCUCAGCGUAAUCCACGAGAUCCUCGCCCAGCACCGUCAGCUGGAGAGCGCUUGGCACUCGAAAAAGCUCAAACUGCACCAAAGACUGGCCCUACGGCUGUUCCAGGAGGACGUCCGGCAGGUCCUGGACUGGCUCGAGAAACACGGUGAGGUGUUCCUCAGGAAGAACCCAGGUACCGGCCGGAACCUCGCUCGCGCCAGAGCUCUUCAGAAGUCCCAUGAACACUUUGAGAAUGUGGCGCAGAAUACGUACACGAACGCAGAGAAGCUGCUGUCGGCAGCGGAGGAGUUGGCUCAGACAGGCGAAUGCAACGAAACCGAAAUCUACUCUGUAGCGAGAGAACUGCAACAACAAAUCGAGUCAUUCGCGCAACGCGUGGAGCAGCGGCGGCACCUGCUGCAACUCGCCGUAAUUUUCUUCACGCACGACAAGGAGCUUCAGGGGUGGUUUGAAGAACUGAGGCCGGACCUCGAGAGCGACAAGGUUGCCGAUACGGUCGAAGCCGCCGAGGCGCUCCUGGCCCAGUUCACCCAGCACCGGGACACUACCCUCGAAGCCGUGCACUCCACGAUAGAGGAAGGCGAAGCCCUCGUCGAGGAGCUGCGGAACCUCGGAAUGACAUCGGAAAAUGACUCUACGGGAUCGUUCACGGCAGCCGAAACGACCCUGGAAAAGUUGCAGAGAACCAGAGCUGAAAUGGAGGAAUUGUGGGCGGCUCGCAAGCUCAAGUUGGACGUCUGUCUACAGUUGAGGUUAUUCGAAAGGGAUGCGUCUCACCUGACAUCUCAAAUGGAAGUGUGGUCUGAAGAUCUCAAACACGCCGAGACCAGUAGUGUUCUAGAGAGAGCUGAGCAGCUGUCGCAGAUGCACGCGGACAGCGUGCAGCAUAUAACGCAAACUACCUAUCAGGUGAUUCAGCGGGGCCAGGAAUUGUCCGCCCUACUUGAAUCUUCGGGUGUCGUAGUUGCGGCCGAUACCCAGUCUGAUGCUCGACAGCGAUUGCAGUCGCUCCUGUCUUUCCUGCACGAGCGUAGAAUGGGACUCGAAGACGUGGCUGAGAAUCGCAAGUCCCGUCUAGAGAUGGCUGUUCAAGUAGCCGCAUUAGAGCGGGAUUCCCAGCAGGUGCUCACCUGGAUCCACCAGGGGGAAUCGAUGUUAGUUGCCACGUUCCAGAUACCGACGUCGCUGAAAGAGGCCGAGCAGCUCGCCAGUCAGCACGAGCAGUUCACGCACGCUAUCGAGAACACCCACGCCAGCGCCGUACACAUCGGGCAGCGGGCGGAACAGCUGCUCAAGGCCGCCAGUCAGGCCGGAGCGGGUCCGGACCCCCAGGCCGACAAGGUGCAAGCGAUCGCCGAGAAGGUCGACGCGAGAUGGCAUGCGAUGAUGGGUCACGCCGAGGACCGUCAUCGCAUGGUGAACGCGUCGCACCGCUUCUUCAAGACGGCCGAACACGUUUGUUCGGUGUUGGAUACGCUGGAGAGAGAGUACAAGCGGGACGAGGAUUUCUGCUUGGGAGCGAAGGACGCGUCUCAGGAUAAAGAUAUCUAUCUCUGUCACCUCCUCGCCAAGCACCAGGAAAGAAAAGAAAACUUUCUCAAGGCCUGCACCAUGGCUCGCCGAAACGCCGAAACUUUCCUAAAGUACGCCGCCAGAUGCCAACAGUACUAUGGACACAUGGCGAACUCUCCAACUCCCGAGACAAAAGUCAAGGCUCUGAUGGAUCAAUUGAUGAAGCAAGAGAACAAUGUCUUGGAGCACUGGGGUGCUCGGAAGAAGAAAAUAGAGCAAUGCCAUCAAUUUUGUAAAUUCGAAAGGAGCUCCAUCCAGGCCAUCAGCUGGAUACAGGAAACCGGCGAAGAGUAUCUCAACUCGCGCAAGGGCUCCACAGAUUUCGAGAAGCUCCUACAAGAACACAACGAGUUCACGAAGAACGCUCGCGGAACUGAGGAAAACGUCCGCAAGCUACUUCAUCUUGCCGACAACUUGGUCGAGAGAGGUCAUCCCCACGCGAGCUCCAUCAAACACUGGGUCAAUGCCGUCGAUCAUCGCUACAAGGACUUCUCGACGCGCAUGACCAAGUACAAAGAAAACAUCAAAUCCGCUUUGGGAACACCGGAAGACGGCGAAUCUAACAAGACCGGGCUUUCAUUGGAUUCACGGAACUCCGACUCAAGCUUGGAUUCGAAGCUUUCCCAGCCGGAACCCGUCACGAAAGAACUCACCGAAGAAAAGCGGAAAAGUGCGCGACGGAAAGAGUUCAUCAUGGCGGAGCUAUUGCAGACGGAGAGAGCCUACGUGCAGGACCUGAAAGCCUGCAUCGACACCUUCCUCAAGGAAACACGCGAACCAAAUCCCUCAAAGCCUGAAGUCUUGAAGGGCAAGGAAGCCAUUCUAUUCGGAAACAUCGAAGAGAUCUGGGAAUUCCACAACACAACAUUCCUGAGAGAGUUGGAGAAAUACGAGACGAUACCGGAAGAUGUGGGACAUUGUUUUGUGACUUGGGCAGCGAAAUUCGACAUCUACGUGAAGUACUGUAAAAACAAACCGGAUUCGAACCAGAUACUUAUCCAUUGCCCAGCCGGUUUCUUCGAAGAAGUUCAAAAACGACAUUCGAUACCCCACCCGCUCCAAGCGUAUCUCAUCAAGCCGGUUCAGAGGAUCACCAAAUAUCAAUUACUCCUCAAAGAUCUGCUCUCUUGCUGCGAAAGUGACGAACAAGGUGAAAUAAAGGACGGCCUUGAGGUCAUGCUCAGUGUCCCACGGAAAGCAAACGACGCGAUGCAUUUAUCCCUACUCGAAGGCUGCGACCUGAGCUUCGAUCAACUCGGAGACGUUAUCCUCCAGGACGGCUUCGUGGUUUUCGAUCACCGAGCCCUAAUACGCAAGGGUCGUGAGCGGCACGUGUUCCUAUUCGAAUUGUAUCUGCUUUUCGCCAAAGAAAUCAAGGACGGCCAAAAUAAGGUUCGCUAUCAAUACAAGAGCAAACUGAUGACAUCCGAGAUCGGUAUCUCCGAGCACAUCGAGGGAGGAGACGAGAACAAGUUCGCCGUAUGGAGUGGACCGCAGGUCAACGAGAACCGAAUCAUUCUCAAAGCGUCUUCGUUGGAAGUGAAACAACAAUGGGUGAAAAAAUUACGUCAAGUCAUCCAGGAGACUUGCUUCAACUCUGCCAUCUUCAAUCCGCACACGGCGAGACUCGUGGCGGCGGCGACUGCGACAGCCACCGCGGCAUCGUCGAGACCGAGGUUCCAUCCCCAUCGGUCGAGCAGGGACAUGGAGACGGAGAGCACGAACUCAUCGACACCUUCAUCGAACCUCACCCACCUAGACACCGGAAUUCAUCGCGAAGAGACGGGCAGCAUCAACUCUUUCGGCUCUGAGAACACGAAUACCGACUCCGAGAAGGGUGGAGAGAAUGAAGACGUCACCCCAACGGGCGAAUACCCACCCGGCGAUUUUCCCGAUGUUACCAGUCCGACUGGAAGCGGAGGCCACCUGGCACAUCCAUCGACCACGUCGCCCGGUAGCAAACGCAGGGGAACAUUCCGGAAGUGGCUUACGAACCCGGUUCGGAAGCUCAGCCAUGGCCGACUCGACAAGGGCCUGGACGAGAAAUCUUCGUCAAACUCCGGCGUUCAGGCGAAACCUCCGAGUGGUCACAGUUCGACGCCCCAGAGCACGAAUAAGGUUCUGAGUACGAAAGAUGAAAUGGGCGGCCACAACGAAGAGGAAGAUUCGGGUCUCGUGGUCGAAUUACCGCCACCUAUGGUGUUGCAAGAGCACCAAUUCAAACAAUUGGAUGCUGGCGGUAUUAUGGCAAACAAUUCCACCGACUGUGAUACGUCCACCUCAGCCCUAGCGACAGAGCUCGAACACAUCGUAAAAAUUGACAACUUGCCGGAAGAAGAGCGAAAUGAAAUUAAAACCUACCUCGAAAAGCGACAAUUCGUUCUUAACGAAUUGGUAGAAACGGAAAGGGACUACGUUCGUGACCUCGGCCUAGUGAUCGAAGGCUACAUUCCGCUUCUGAACAGCGAGGCAGUUUUAUCGUCACCGACGUUCCCUGAAGACCUCACCGAAAACAAGCGGAAGAUGAUCUUCGGAAACUUGGAAGCGAUCUUCGAAUUCCACCGAGAUUACUUCCAGGCGGAGCUUGAGAAAUGUUUAGAAGAACCUGAACGACUAGGACUUCUAUUCAAAAAAACCGAACGCCGAUUAGGAAUGUAUGUGGUCUACUGCCAGAACAAGUUCAAGAGCGAGGGCAUCGUCUCGAAAUAUAUGGACACACUUUUCGAGGAGCUCCGCCAGCAACUUGGUCACAAACUGCAGCUGCCCGAUUUGCUCAUCAAGCCGGUCCAGAGAAUCAUGAAGUAUCAACUGCUUCUGAAAGACAUUCUCAAAUUCACGGAGAAGGCAAAGCUAACCAAAGAAGCCGAGGACCUCAGGAAAGCGGUGCACGUGAUGCAUGUCGUGCCUAAACUAGCCAAUGAUAUGAUGUGCGUCGGACGUUUGCAAGGCUUCGACGGGAAAAUUACCGCACAGGGCAAACUUUUGCUGCAAGACCACCUCUUGGUCAGCGACGCCGUGCUGGCCACGAGCAUGACGACCAUAGCGCAAAUCAUGCUCACGACGACCAAGUUCAAGGAGCGUCAAGUGUUUCUGUUCGAGCAGAUGAUCAUAAUAUGUGAGAUGAUCGGUGCCAGAGGUCCAUAUUCGACGCCCGCUUUCCUCUAUAAAAGCGGCUUGAUGGUGAACAAGAUGACGUUGUACGAAGACGAAACCGAUCCGCUCAAAUUCUGUUUCGUCUCCAAGAACCCGCUUCAGGAGGACAUGGUAUACGUUCUGCAAGCGUCAACGCCUGAGAGCCGUCAGGAAUGGCUGAGCAAUAUAAGGGCAAUGCUCGACACACAGCAGGAUUUUCUGAGAGCUCUACAAUCGCCCAUCGCCUAUCAGAAAGAGCUCACGAAGGACGUGGUUCAAGCACCCGACACCCUGUGGAAUCCGUCUCUACGUAAGACGCUGUCGCAUCCCGCAGCUGUCCACAAAGUAGCAAGAGGAGUGUCUCAAGAUGGCCAAUCCACCAGCGGAGCUGAAAGCGCAGCUCAUCUGGCGCCCUCGAAAUCUGUCAAGCAUAGCAGCAGGAGCAAGCUGGCGACUCAGCAACUCCACGAGCCUGGAACGAUGGAUUCCGGGGGAGCGGCCGGGGCCUCGCCACCCGGCAGGGUGCCUUCGAAAAAAGGCAGUCUGUUCGAGGGCUUCCGGAACACGCUGCGCCCGCGCGGCAAAAGCGGAGAUCCGACAAACGGGGGCCUGUGCACCAGCCACUCCCUCGAUAGGUCUGGCGACGCUGCAGCCUCCGGCACGAAGGGCGUAAUCCGUAGAUGGUCCGAGAUCACCCCUAAUUCGAACCCCCCUCCGAAUAGUGAGUCGUGA